AUGAAGAAACUGGCUGAUCGGCUCUUGCAUCGUUUCACGAACCAUGAAACCGCUUUAAGCGCCGCCCACCACAGUAUUGUCCAACCUCUUCUAAGUUCUAAUGGUUUCUUCAUCCUCUGCUUUAAACUCGCUCACAAAAUAACGGUUUUAACCUUGUUCUACGAAAUUGUGUCGGCAAAUGUUGAUUUUUUUUCUUUCUUACACAAAAAUUCAGGCUCGGGAAGGACAGAUCAAGGUACAAGUGGUCUUAGGCAUAGAAACGAUCGCAGGAUGCCUCCACAAGGUGUCCGGUUGCAUAUCCAGGACCGAUAUGUUGUGAUGGACAAUGGGAUACUCCAAGUAACACUGUCAAAACCAGGUGGUAUCAUCACCGGAAUACAGUAUGACGGUAUUGACAAUGUGCUUGAAGUUCGUAACAAGGAGACUAACAGAGGGUACUGGGACCUGCACUGGAAUGAGCCUGGAGGCAAGGGAAUAUUUGAUGUCAUCAGUGGAGUGACUUUCAGAGUCAUAGUCGAAACUGAAGAACAGGUUGAGAUCUCAUUUGUAAGAACAUGGGAUCCAUCCCUUGAGGGAAAGUACAUUCCCCUGAAUAUCGAUAAAAGGUUUAUAAUGCUUCGUGGCUCUUCUGGAGUUUACUCUUACGGAAUUUAUGAACACCUUAAGGAGUGGCCUGGGUUUGAACUCGGGGAGACAAGAAUAGCGUUCAAGCUCAGAAAAGACAAAUUCCAUUACAUGGCUAUGGCAGAUGACAGAAAAAGGAUAAUGCCUUUUCCAGAUGAUCUAUGCAAAGGAAGAUGCCAAACUCUUGAUUACCAGGAAGCUUCCCUGCUCACUGCUCCGUGCGAUCCACACUUACAAGGCGAAGUAGAUGAUAAAUACCAAUACUCGUGUGAGAAUAAGGAUCUGAGAGUACAUGGAUGGAUAUCUUUCGAUCCACCUGUAGGAUUCUGGCAAAUCACGCCCAGUAAUGAGUUCCGAUCAGGCGGACCACUCAAACAAAACCUCACCUCACAUGUUGGCCCAACCACCCUUGCAGUAUUUCACAGUACACAUUAUGCGGGAAAAACCAUGAUGCCUCGCUUUGAAUGUGGUGAGCCGUGGAAGAAAGUCUUUGGCCCUGUUUUCAUUUACCUAAACUCCACAACCAACAGAGAUGAGUCACUCUGGUUAUGGGAUGAUGCUAAGAUUAAGAUGAUGGGUGAGGUUGAAAGCUGGCCUUAUAGCUUUGUGGCAUCUGAGGACUAUCCAAAGUCUGAAGAACGCGGCAAGGCCCGUGGUAGAUUACUUAUCCGCGACAGGUUCGUAAGUAAUGAUUUGAUUUCAGCACAAGGUGCUUAUGUGGGUUUGGCUCCACCUGGUGAUGCUGGUUCUUGGCAAAUAGAAUGCAAGGGAUACCAAUUUUGGGCGACAGCGGAUGAGGCUGGCUACUUCUCAAUAGAGAACGUGCGUCCUGGUGACUACAACCUCUACGCUUGGGUCCCUGGUUUCAUUGGAGAUUAUCGUAACGACACUAUUGUUUCUGUGACUACAGGGUGCAAGAUUGAGAUGGGUGAUAUUGUCUAUGAACCUCCAAGAGAUGGACCUACGUUAUGGGAAAUCGGUAUCCCUGAUCGAAAAGCGUCCGAGUUCUUUAUCCCCGAUCCUGAUCCCACGCUUGUUAACAGAGCUUUAGUCCAUCCCCAAGAUAGGUUCAGGCAAUAUGGGUUGUGGCAGAGAUACACAGAUCUGUAUCCAUAUGGUGACCUUGUUUACACUAUCGGUGUAAGCGACUAUCGCAGAGACUGGUUCUUUGCUCAAGUUCCUAGGAAGAAAGGAGAUGUGCAUGAAGGAACAACUUGGCAGAUUAGGUUUAAACUCGAAAACAUUGAUCAAAAGGCGAAUUACAAACUGCGAGUUGCCAUAGCAUCUGCAACCUUAGCGGAGUUGCAGGUUCGAGUCAAUGAUCCGGAAGCAAUCCGCCCUCUCUUCACUACCGGACUCAUUGGGAGAGACAACUCAAUAGCAAGACACGGGAUCCACGGGGUUCACAUACUCUAUGCGGUGAAUAUUCCGGGAAACCGGCUUGUGCAAGGUGAUAACACUAUAUUCCUCAAACAGCCAAGAUGCAAUGGUCCCUUUCAAGGGAUUAUGUAUGACUACAUUCGUCUUGAAGGCCCUCCUUCUUAACUUACCAUGUAAAUUUAUAUAUGCAAUUUGAAAUUUUAUUGAAUAUAAACCAAAAGACAUGAAUGAUAUUGAUAUGCAAAACCCAAAAUUCUGACAAAACCAAAACUGAACCUAAGACACAAUCAAUACAUAGAAAGGAACCACUGAAUUGUUCUCGUAGCACCAAUCAACAUAAGGGGGACUGACUAGUGAGUGAACUACUUACUGCUACAUUUUCCUGCAACCUGCUCUGCUGAGCUUCUCUUCAUGAGUCCCUUGUUACAAAGCUCAUUGAGCAGCUCCAGAGCUUCCUUUGCCAUACCUUCAUAAGCUAUGCCUUCUAUCAGAAUCGUGUACGAUGUCUCAGUCGGUUUACACCCUCUGUUGAUCAUAUAAACCAAGAAAUCGAUGGCACGGUCUGUUUGCCGAGUCUUGCAGAGUCCCAGCAUUAUUGAGUUGAAAGUGACUGCGUUCGGCCUAACCCCCAUCCGCUCAAACUCAUGGAAAAACUUGAUGGCCUCGUCUACUUUCCCUUCCCUGCUCAAACCUCCAACCAGAGAGGAAUACGUGAUUGUGUCAGGCUUUAGAUCUUUUGCACGCAUCUCGUCCAGCAGUUUUAUCGCUUUCCCUGUCUUCCCUGCUUUCGCAAGCCCGUCAAUGACGGUGUUGUAAGUGAUCAGAACAGGGGAACACCCUUUGCUGCUAAGCUGAUUAAGUAUCUCAACGGCAUCCUCAACUUUCCCGUCUUUGCACAAAGCCGUAAGCAUAGUGUUGUAGGUCACAAUGUCCGGGUAACAACCACGAGAGACCAUCCUCUCCAAAUACUCGAUAGCCCUGUCCAUCUUCUUCUCCUUGCAGAACCCGUGAAGCAGCGGGUUGUAGCUCAAAGAAUUCGGCUGGCAUCCAUGUUUAGGCAUCUUCUCCAAGAUGUCAAUCGCUCGGCCAAGCAAACCCUUCCUGCACAAGAAAUUAAUCAAGAUGUUGAAAGUGACAACACUCGGCGAGAAGCCUUUACGAAGCAUCUCAGCGAGAAGCUUCUCCGCGUCCAUCCAUCUCCCUGUACUACACAUACUCCGGAGGAUUAUGUUAUGCGUGAUAACAUUCGGCUCGCAUCCAUAAGACGGCAUGUCGUUCAAGAACUUGAUCGCUUCAUCCAAUCUCCCUUCUUUACAAAUCCCGUUGACGAGAACGUUGUAAGUGACAACAUCGGGGGUACAUCCUUUAUCCCUCAUUUCAUCAAGAAGCUCCAUCGCCUGUCCGACACCGCUCUCUUUGCAAGUAGCUUCGAUCAAUAUAGUGUAAGUAAUCACAUCGGGAUAACAGUCUCUCCGGAGCUGCCUAUCAAGAACCUCCAUGGCUUGCUUAAGUUUCCCGCUGUCGCAAAGAGAACGCAGGAUCGUGUUGUAAGUGACGACAUCCGGAGAAACGCUCAUUCUAUCGAGAACCGAUAAAGCGUUGUUGAUCUCCCCGGCUUUGCAGUAGCCACUGAUCAUGACGUUGUAGGUGAUAACAUCAGGAACAGCACCAGAGCCUUCAAGAAUCUCCAAGAUCUUUGCUGCUUUCCUCGUUUUGCCCAGCCUGCAGAAUCCGCGUAUCAGCGUCGUGCAGGGGAUGAUAUCGGGGACAUUGCCGUGAUAAACCAUGUUCUCUAGAAACUUAAACCCUUCCUCCAAUUCUCCGGCUCUAACCAGCUGCCGCAAGUGGUUAUUGCUCUCGGCAUCUUCCAACGCAAAAGACGAGUUCGCAGAGCUGUAAUGACCAUUACCGUCAGUAGUGCUGUGCCCGGAAGCCGAAUGUUCGAACUUCUGAGCUCUGCCAUUGAGACCGGAACUCUCCACCUUGAAAGCCGCGGAAACAAGAACAAGUCGAUUCCUUUUCCGUGGCGCAAGAAGGAAUUUCGACCGAACAUUGCUACUCGUGCGGCCUAAGACGUCAAGCUUAUAACUUCGUUUACAGUCGCGAUGGAAUCGUUGAAUCAGGCAGAACCCCUCUUGUCCACUGCUUGUAGACACCAUCAAAUCCAUAGAGAUAACAAUAAAAUAUUUCCUACGAAGUACGGAAACCUACACAGAGAGACAAAGCUAACUUAAUCCUCUCUUCACUACGGUUUCUGUGACACCGAAUAAGAAAUCUUAGAGAGUGAGGGAAAGGGGAAGAAGAACAUAGGAGGCGGU